AUGUCGCAGUCUCAAAGCUCCAGCUCGGACCCUCACUCGACUUCCUCCCUGUCGUCAUCAGCACCACAAUCGACCGCGCUGCACCCCUCCCCAUCGCGUGCAGCACCGCACUCAACCGCACAAAUUGCACCCUCUACAUCUCCUCCUUCCUCCCCUUCUCUCCCUGAGCUGCUUGCUGCAUGGAGGGAGAAGCGAGCAAGACAACACGACGCUGCAACCACAGAACCGCACUCAACCGCACAAUCUGACACGCAAUCCACGUCAGCAGCCCACUCAGACGCCAGAAUCGAAGACACCAAGAUCUCAACGUCCUUAGCCCCCUCGCUUCUUGCUGAUAUGCGAAGUGAAAUGAAGACCGUUGCUCAGCAGUACAGCCGUCAGGGGGGAAAUCAAGGGGGAAAGAAGGUUUCAGACUCUGUGGGUGGUUCAGGAGAGAACGGAGGUGACUAUAGCGAGGUUCUUCGUGUACCAGCCUCGCUACAGGAGGCGGAGGAUCUUCUCCAACAGCUAAUAGAGGAAACCCGUUCGCUCGCCUCUCCCUCCGGGGUCAACCUGGUGGCGUUCUCAGGGGGAGUGGACUCCUCGCUUGCUGCCUUUCUGCUGCACAGAGCACUCUCAGACCCGCCUUUGCCUCCUCCCUCACACUCACCCACUCACUCCCACUCACACUCACACUCACAAGCACAAUCCCGCUCACACACAGACUCACACUCACACUCGCCUCCCACAGUAGCCGCUGUGAUCGCCUUAAGCCCCUCGCUCUCCUCCUCUCAGCUAACCACAGCCCGCCACGUGGCAGCAGCCAUAGGCAUUCCCCUGUGGGAGGUGGAAACAACAGAGGGUCAGGUGCCAGAGUACGUGGCGAAUGAGGGAGCGAGCUGCUACGCCUGCAAGGCAACCCUCUACACCACGCUAUACACUGUAGCGCAGCAGUCCUUAACGAGGAUAGGAAUGGAUAGCAGCAAUCGUAAUGAAGUCACUCUGUUCAAUGGCACCAACGCGGAUGACCUCUCAGACCCCUCCCGCUUGGGUCUGCUGGCUGCUCUGCACUGCCGGGUCGUGUCUCCCCUCGCCCGCCUACCUAAAGCCGCUGUGCGGGCUGUAGCACGAGCAGCGGGUUUACCCAACUGGGACUUGGCAGCAUCACCCUGCCUGCGCAGCAGACUAGCGUUUGGGGUUGAAGCCACAGCAAGCACUCUGAUGCUGGUGGAGCGAGCGGAGAAGAUG